UAGAGGCGAGGCCCCCGCCUCCAGUUCACCGGAGGAGCCCGCAAUCAGGGAAUGAGGCCAACGAUGAAGCCUCGAGCUCGGGCUCGGAUGAUCAAGGUACAGUCAUCCUAAGCUCGAAAAUGUGGUCCCCCACCUUACUAAAACACAAACCCGAUAGGUUAGUGUUGUGCAAGGAUGAUAGGAACCACUUCUAUGUGUGGACUUGGGUAGAUGAACGGGUUCAUAGGUUCAAUAGCUGGCUCGGGCAAUACGAUACUAUGUAUAGCCUGAACGAGGUAUGGAACGGAAUAGUCGUCCAAUACGGAACAAAUGACUAUAGGGACCUUUCGAGGUUGACGUCUACAUAUAGGGAAGGUACUCCCCCCGCCUCUUCUGAAGAUGGGGGAAUUUCUCGGUUUCCGAGCUCAAGCUCGACGGAGAGUUCCAGUUAGGUUUUUCUCCACUUGCCCUUUUUAUCACUUUGCAUACUGGUGUGAUGUUGAAUUACUUUUUAUAUAUUCCUUUCUGUUUUGUUAACUCUACUGCGGUGUGACUGUGUAGGUGAGAUGGACUCCGACCUCGACAAUAUCCUCGAGAGUGGCGGUGCCAAGAGGAGCAAGCGCCCCAGGGGGUCGUGAAAGAUUGACCGGCUUGCCAAGGUCCUUAAGAGGACCGAAAAGACACCUCCUCCCCCGGCUCCGCCUGCCACGAGCUCCACUGUGGUGCCGACUUCACAGGUCGGUGCCUCCAUUAUGGCCGAGCCUCAGCCUCCUGUAUUGGUUCACCCGACACUCGGUCCACCUCCCAAAAAGCCUUCUGCUUCUCUAACUCAUAAGCUGUUGGUUUCUACUCACGUUGAGGAGUAUGUAAUUGACAAUGCUGCUGAAUCUCACAGGGCUACGCUAGGCUCGGACGUCUUGUCCCGAGUGGGCCAGAGCUUCAGUAGUUUUGACGCUCCCCAAUGGCAAUUUUUGAACAACGCCCGAGACUACACCGCCCUCUACGAGAAGAGUAUCGAGCUUUCCGCCGCGACUCUUGCUGUUUCUGCCCAGCUCAACUAUAAGUUGAACAACGAGAUCCAUUCGAGCAAGUCCUAUGCUCAGGAGGCGAAGGAUCUUCAACUCAAACUGAGUGAUGACCUAAGGGCAGCAAAUGCAAAGCAUGAGGCAGGAGCCGAGGAGCUUAAGGCCAAGGCAUCCAAGCUUGAGAAGCUGAAUGCUAGGCUCGCGGAGCUUGAGAACGAGAACACUCGGCUCCAAGAGGCUAAUAAAAAGCUCGGAGAAGACAAGGCCGCCACUUUUAAUAUAAUUAAAGGUGAAAAGGCUCGCCUCCUUGCCGAGCAAAGAGAAAAAGGACCAGGCGGUCAAUCUGGCAAUGUACAGAAUUUGGGCCAAUAA